UUAAAUAAAAUUUAAUACAUAGACUACAGCUUUACGUAUUAACAUAUCGAUAAAAUACAAAAUAUUUUAUUACUUUGAAGUCUAAGAGGUUUUCUUGCUUUUUUUCCUUAUUAAAAUUAUAUUUAGAAGUUAGGUAUCUGUGUUUUAUAAGAAAUUAGAAAUGAAUUUUGGCAUACAUAGACCAAGUGAACGCUCAGCAUCAACAGAAGAGCGAACCCAUGGACAAGUUUUAAGUGAUUUUUUGAUGCAAUUGGAGGAUUACUCUUCAACUAUCCCUGAUCCAGUUACUGCACAUUAUUUAAAUACAGCUGGAUUUGAAGCAUCUGAUCCAAGAAUUGUGCGUUUAAUUUCUAUUGCUGCUCAAAAAUUUAUAUCGGAUGUAGCAAAUGAUGCUUUACAACAUUGUAAGACUCGGACAAAUAAUGCAUCGAACACUCCAGGUCAUAAUGCAAAUAAAAAUCAGAAACCAAGUAAAGAUCGAAAAUAUACUUUAGCAAUGGAAGAUUUAACACCCGCGUUGAAUGAUUAUGGUAUAACAGUUCGAAAACCACAUUAUUUUGUUUAAAGAAAUAUAAGUUACUGCAGAUAUUGGUUUUAAAAUUUAAAAAAUCUAUAUAAUUUUUCUAAUUAGUUCAAUUCUGUAUGUUGACAAAAUAAUUACAUAAGUUAUAAAGAUUUAUAAAAGAAAAAAAAUUCAAUAAAGUUGUAUGUAUCUCAAAAAUAAUGAUAGGUAUAAUGAUUUAGAAUUUAUAUAACACUAAUCGUGUUCAACCUCAGGUAUCUCAUGUAAUCUUCAGUUAAUCACAAUGGAUUUAUAUUUUUUAAUAAGUUAAAUUUAUUUACUACUUACGUGGACUACAUAUGUUUCAUUAUUUUUU